CGCAUCCGAGGAGGCAUGCCACCGAACGGUAGCGGCACUCAAACAGCAAAACAUUAUCGCAAUGGGGUCGACCACUGCGACAGUUGUCUGAUCCACGGAACAGUUGUGCCACUUGCGCCGUGGCGAGCGCGUCGUUGGGCGCUCACCAACGCCAACCCCGAAAGAAAACCCCAAAAGCAGGUGUCCUGUCCGUUCAUCUCGCGUGUGUGUGUGUGUGCCAUGUGGCUGUCGCUGUCGCUGUCGCUGCUGCUGUCGCUUGUGGUGGCCUGGUGGCUGCCACUGGCGGCCCCCGAGCCUGCCUCGCCAUCGGGGGCCACGGGGGGACAGCUGCGUCGCCUGUGGCUGCAGGAUCACUGCCAUGCGGGCAUCUGCACGAACGUGCAGAUCGGGCGCAGUGAUUAUGUGAUUCUGUCGCAGGCCCCGAUCCCCAAUCAACUGAUGCUGACGUUCAUCAACUCGAGCAUCGCCAAGAUACCGCAUCUGCUGUUCGACACGUUUCCGGAUCUGCAGAUGCUCCGCAUGGAGAACUGCUCGCUGGAGACAUUCGAGAAGCCGCAGUUCGAGGGCGCCAGCAACCUGAUGAGCCUCUUUCUGGGCCUCAAUCGUCUCAAGGAUAUACCCAAGAAUAUAUUCCUGGGAGCGGAUAACCUGGCCACGCUCCAUCUCCAUGGGAACCAGCUGAAGCAUCUGUCGAACCACAGUCUCCAUGCCCUGAAGGAGCUGAAGGAGCUCUCCCUGGCAGACAACAUCAUCGAGCAGCUGCCCCUGGGGCUCUUUGGGGGAAUGCGAAAGCUGAUGGACCUCAAUCUGGCUGGGAAUCGGUUGGCGGCCCUCCCUCGUGGCAUCUUUGACAAGAACUUGAAUCUAACGCGAAUCAAUCUGGCUCGCAAUCGUUUCACGGCCUUCGAAUCGGAGCUGCUGAAGCUGCAGCCGCGUCUGUCGCUCCUCGACAUCUCCGGGAACAUCAUCCAAGAGUUGACGCUGAACUUCAGUCUCCUGGAGCUGGCCGUGGCCCACAGCUGCGAUCUGAGGCGACUGACGGUCUAUGGGAUAGUGCGAGAGCUCGAUUUGCACAACAAUUCGCUGCGAGAACUGCCCCACAUACCGCAGGCCGUCAACGUCACGAGCUUGGAUUUGUCGCAGAAUCCCCUGGGGAAUCUUCAGGGGAAUCCCCUGAGGCGCUUCACGGCCCUGCUGCGCCUCAAUCUGUCGACCACCAAUGCCCAUGAGCUGCCCGAGGGUCUCCUCAAGAAGCAGACGAGUCUCCAGAUGCUGGACAUAUCAGGCAAUUCGAUGUACUCGCUGAAGAUCACACUCUUCGAUAGUCUGAAGGCCCUGCAGUAUUUCUACUUUCAGCAGAACAACUGGAACUGCGAUUUCCUGCAGCUCUUGAUGAGUUCCUUUGUCAAGCGCAAGGAUCUCUCCUUCAUGGAGGACAUCACGGCCCCCGAGCUGGUCGACGAUUAUGUGGACGGCAUUGCCUGUUGGUACGAGAGCGAUAAAACCUCCAAAAAGUGCGAUGCCAGCAGCUCCGAUGCCGCCCUGGAGCUCUCUGUAGUACGGAAUGAGAUCAAGGCCUUCACGGAGGUGGUCGAAAAGAAGUUCAUCAAGGUCUAUCGAAUGUUGGAGGAGAUGAAAAUGAAGCUAUAACCAAAUCUAUAAACUAUCUAUCGAAUAUUUAAUCCCCCAAACCAAGUAUCUAAUCCAGUAUUUAAUCGCAUUAUCCAACAUAAAUUUAUUUGACACAACGACAA